CCAAUAAGCGCUCGUUUGCUGGCACAGUGAACAUUCCUCGACCAUCGGUGCCAGCAACCAAGCGAUGAUUGGCUAGUGUCCAACCGCCAGAUAUUUAUGGACCACCGCGCCGUCAACUCGAGUUCAAAGCAAGAUCCGCGGGCACGACUAUUUCUAGAAAAACCCCCAACGCUUCUCGCACAAUUGCAAAGGUACAGCUUUUGUAAUUGUAAGCUUGGGAAGGCAGAAAGUAGAUAACCCCAUGUAUAAUCUGUGGCGCUGUGGCGGUGCCUCGUGUCGUUGCUGAGGAGACAGUGCCCGACGCUCGGACCAAGUUCGAACACGUCGCGGCGUCAUUUGAGAAUGGUCGUUUCCUCCCCCCACAUCUACAGCUUCUACAAUGACAGCGCCUUCAUCGGAAGCAUAUGUUGAAAAAUGGCUCUCCAGCUUUUCCAGUGAACUUCGAAAACAUCGAUCGACACCUGCGCAACCGCUCACGCCGUCAUCGUUACGCUCGAGUCCUUCGAUUCCCGCCCAAUCAGGCAAGCGGAAACGAAGCAGAAGCAUGCCCGAGCCUCGAUCCCAGAGCCCCCAAAAGCGCCAGAGAAGGUUACGCAGUGACGAGGAUAUAUUCCCAGAUCAGAGUGCUUCGGAUUUAGGGAUCACCGAAUUGUCGGAGAGGACGAGACUGUCUCGACCGUCGCAAUCUGCAGGAUCGAGUCCGAAGCGUACAACAAGCCCUGUUCGGGACCUUUUGAACGACUUACGUGUGUCGAAGCCCUCUAUACUUUGCGAGAUUCCAUCCUCAGUGAUACUCCCUGAAAGUGCUGCAGCCCUGCAGCACAGACUUGUGGACCGCCUAGAAGAAGGGUUGAUUCCAGCAAGCCUAAAGUCUAAUAUCCUCGCCAAAUAUCCAUCUAUAGCAGCAAGCAUCCCAACUGUUGCAUACGAUCUUUCAGAUACACGAUCUGCAAACGAACUCAGUAUAAUAUGGGACAGUGUGGAGGAAAUACUGAGCGAGAGCAGAGACUGUGGGAGAUAUCAGCAAGAUGAGAAUGCUUGGUGCAUGAAAGUGGUUUAUCCUACACUGCGCCUCGCACUUAAGGGCAACCAUUCCUUGAAAGUGGAGAGCGUGCAAACACAAGCAAUCAACCCUGAGGUAUUGCCAGUAACGCCCAAGAACUAUCGCGUUCAGAAGAAAGCAGACUAUGCCUUCUCGUUCCACCGCAAUGCGCCGCACAUCUCCGACCUCUACGACCAACUAUAUCUGGAAGGCUUGGGUGAUAGGAUCAGUCAGACGACGGACGCAAAUACAAAACGGCUGGCCCUGUUUUCUGGGAUCGAGGUAAAGCAAGAGAAUGGCGGAAAGGACGAAGCUCUAGCACAAUUAGCGAUCUGGCUAGCUGCGGGACUGGAGAAUGUCAGAAGACUUGGUGAAGUAGGCCGGAAGCAUCAAGAUCUGCAGGAAGAACUACAUCCAGUGGUUGGAUGGACGGUUAUCGGUCACGACUGGCAUACGUAUAUUGCUUACAGGGUCAACCAAGGCGGGCGAGAUACGUUUAACGUUGUUGGGCCAUGGAGGGUUGCUGCCGCCGAUACCAGAGAUGUGUAUGGGGUAUUCAAACUGUUGCGAUUAGUGAAACGAGCAGCACAAUUUGCUUCCGAUGAAUAUUGGCCGUGGUUGGAGAAGGAAAUACUAAGGCCUUGCCUCAGGACCGAUGACUGA